AUGCCGACCACCCGAUGGCGCUUCGCUAGCCGGUCUGGCGAUCGAUGGAUUCCGCAACCUCGCCCUUAUGGAGAGCGGACCGGGAUGAGGAGAGGUGCCUUCCUAGUUGGCCAUCCUCCCCACCGCCUUGGGAUCCAGGCUUUGUGGGCGGUUCUGAAGGUCGCACCUAUCUUGUCGCACACGGGCCGUUCCAUCCGCAGACGCCUCCGCCCAAAACACUUGAUUGGUGGCUUGAUUGUGUGGACGCUGAAUUGGCGGGCGGACAUGGCCGUGAAGAUAAUGAAGAGGACCCGGCGCGGCGUCGUGGGGAGAGCCUUUACGCCCUUCGACUCGCCUAGAAGGGACUGGUGGUCAGACCUCGUCGAAGCAGAGUUUGCCGAGACUGCCCGCGUGCAUUUGUCUGGGCUUGUGUCCUCGGAGGCGCACGUAUUGGAUGACCACUCCGGUCCAGAGACGGCUCUCACAGACAAUGACAAUGUAUCUGUGGGUCAUGAUGAUGUGGGGGAUGUGGCAGCAGACGGUAACGGGGGGAUUGAUCCUGAAGAUGUUCAUCCUAACCCGAUGCAAUUGCAGCUUGAAGCGGCGGAGACCAAGCUCUCCAACAUCUGUAAUGCAACUGCUUUGGAGUUCUUAGGGGGCUUUGCCCAGCCCUUGGAGCUUCUUUCGCAGGGGUUCGACUCCUUCGUUUUACUGAUUGGGUGGAGCUUGUGGAAGGAGCGGAACCAUAGGACGUUCCAGGCUGGUGCAACCUCACCGCCAAGCCUGGCCAUGUUGAUCAAGGAGGAAGCGGAGAGGUGGUGUGCGGCCGGGAACGCCCACCUUUCCAGGCUGCUCGCGCGUGCUUCUGCUUGA